AUCUCUAGCAUAAGCACACAAUGCUGGAUGGAGGUUGUGUGUGAGGGUGAUGGGUAUUCCUCAUAAAACUACUGUAGAGAAAGAGUGACCGUGUCUGUAUCAGUCACUCAGAUACGGAGACCAGCAGCCAGAGGAUAUGGAGCCAAAACAGAUCAAAGAAGGAUACCUGGUCAAAAAGGGCACAGUGCUGAACUCAUGGAAGGUGGUGUGGGUGGUGUUGUCUGAAGAUGGGGUGGAGUUCUUCAAGAGAAAGACAGACAACGCUCCUAAAGGAAUGAUCCCACUGAAGGGAGCUGUUCUGACCAGUCCCUGUCAGGACUUCAGCAAGAGGACGUUUGUUUUUAAGCUGAGAACGGCCAAGAACCAGGACCAUUACUUCCAGGCAUCCCACCUGGAGGAGAGAGAGUCCUGGGUGAAGGACAUCAAGAGAGUCAUCAGCUGUCUGCAGGGGGACAGAAAGUUCACCAGGAAGUCCACAAGGAGAUCCAUUCGCCUCCCUGAUACCAUCAACCUCAGUGAGCUGUACAUUCUAAUGAGAGACCAGGAGGAUGGUGUCAAAGAGCUGAAGCUGGAGAAGGAGAAGAGAGUCUACAAUCACUGCUUCACAGGUGGUACGGUGGUGGACUGGCUGAUUUCUAAGAACAAGGCCAGGAACAGGCAUGAGGCUCUGAUGUUGGCUACAGGACUCCUGACCGAAGGUUUCCUGCAGCCCGCAGGGGACCUGUCCAAAGAGGCAGUCGAGGGAGGAGCAGAGUCUGCCGUCCUCGAUGAUCCAGAUGCACUCUAUUACUUUGCAGACAGUGGGUUCUUCUGUGAAGGCUACUCCAGUGAUGAAGAUGUGAUUUUGAAGGAGGAGUUUAGGGGUAACAUAAUAAAACAGGGCUGCUUACUCAAACAGGGUCAUCGGAGGAAAAACUGGAACGUGCGGAAGUUCAUCCUCCGGGAUGAUCCUGCUUAUAUUCACUAUUACGACCCCACCAAGGGUGAUGAGAACCCUUUGGGGUCUAUCCACCUGCGAGGGUCUGUGAUCACAGCAGUGGAGUUUGUUCCUGAGGCCAAGAGGUAUGAUGUUGAUGGGAAUCUCUUUGAGAUCAUCACUUCAGACGACACACACUAUUUCUUACAAGCGACUUCACCCGAGGAGAGGAAGGAGUGGAUCAAAGCCAUCCACACUGUGUCAAAAACCGGAAAGUAAUCACAACAGCAUAGCAUAGCUAAUUUGAACAACUUACAUGGAGGGAUAUGGAUUAUGGUUGGCAUGUACAAAUGCUUGUUGCAGAGCCAGAAGGAAUCUGAAUUGAAAUCAUUUAGCCCUAGAAUUUGAAGGAUGAAUGUCUGAUGCAAAAUUCAGCUCACGUGUUGUAUGUUUCUUAUUGUAAUUAUGUUGAAUGAUUACACAUUUCCUGUACAUAUAGAUAAUAUGCACCCUCACAUGCUUUUCAUAAUUCACCAUGAUGUGGGUGCACUCUCACCUUUAGAUAUGAGAUACAGGCAGACUGUGAAGAAGGGUACACUGUUUUGUGUAGAAAGGUGUGAGGUUCUGUAAUGGUUUCUGGUGUGGCCUUCUGCUUUUCCAUCCAGCUGCCUGAAAGAAAUAGGAGUGUUAGAAGAAUCUCACCAUUGCAGACAGUUCCUACGACUGAACACACUUAUCUGAACACACUUAACACUUAUCAUAUCCUGCCAUUGAGGACCCUUGUCACUCUGUGGUUUUCAUGAUGUUCUUAUCCCAUUUCACUUGAUAUGCACAUGGUCUAUGUACUGACUGUAUAUCGCUGUGUUCUAAAUCGAGUGUCUGUCAAAAAGUAUCAAUUAAAUAUCUACUCUUUGUCUCCAA